AUGAUUCCCCGAUUCCUUCGGGGUGGCAGAGCGCGCAAGGAUCCCGCGAAAGAGAAAUCUAAAGAAUGGAACCCGGCGACGUUCUACAUCAUCAUGUUCACUCUUAUCGGCUCGCAGGCCAUUCGCAUGCUCACAUUGAAGAACGGCUAUGCGGCGUAUACUCGGACGACGGAUGCGAAGAUUGAGCUUCUGGCGGAGAUUAUUGCACGAGUCAAGAAUGGAGAGAAGGUUGAUGUGGAGAAGUUGUUGGGAACGGGCGAUGAGGCAAAGGAACGAGAGUGGGACGAAGUACUGCGCGAGAUUGAAGCCGAGGAUUCUCUAUGGCAUGAGAGGAAGACCGCCCAGUCCCAAGCAGAGAAGCAACAGGAACCCGAGAAAGAACAAAAACAACCUACACAGCCUUCGGAAGAAAAGAAGACCGAGGAAGUCACUAAGAAAGAGUCAACACGGAAGCUUAGAUUCUAUUAA